CGUGAGCAGUUUCUAGAAAUUGUUUCAAACUAUACUCUUCUUCUUCCUCGUCAUCUCCUUUUCCUCCUCCUCCUCCUCCUCCUCCUCCUUCUUUUUGUUGUCGUGGUUGUCGCUCCGCCACUCGCUUCUUAACACUACGGUUGUUCCCCUCCUUCGCUACGCGCAGACUUCUCAUACUAUAUCGGCUCUCUCUCUCUCUCUCUUUCUUUUUGUUUCGGAGCGCACGUCCUCUUCUUCUUUUCCCCUCUCUCUCCACAUCGGCACAUAAUCAAAGUCCGCCAUUGACAUUUCCUAACAUGCCCGAAGGGGAGUUAUGGUCUACUUUAGUCACCGCCAUCGAUCCCGAGCAUAUCAAGGCCAUGCCAGCCGUUCUUUUGUCCACUAUCGAACUGCUGGAGACGGAACUGGCCAAUGCUAGAGCCGCGCUCCAGGAAAUCCAGCCCAAUGCUGCUCCUGUGUUUUCGCGAAGAGAUGAACUCGCUCUAGGUGCGAUGACUGCUUAUCGUCAAAACCUCAUCGGCCGCGCCCCUGAUUUCUUUUACGGUACUUGUCGAUUGACCUCUAAAGAAUUGGGGCUUGUGCCAGUGGUAGAGGAAGUGCUACCAGAUGACGAGGACAGUGACGGGGCGGUCAAGGAAGACACCGCGAAAUCCCAAACCAUAACCACCGUACUGCGUAAGCCGGCUACUCUCACUGAUGUUUUGUCAAAUAAUGUUGUUCUCGACCAUAUCGCUCCAUAUCUGUCGACCCCAGCUUUGUUCGCCGUGGCCUCGACCUCGCGUGUUCUUAGAUCUUUGGUCAUAGACACGCCAUAUGUUUUCCGGCAUCUCGACCUGAGCCGAUGUCGCGGCGCCUACAUUGCCAGCGAGGUACCAGACAACCUUGAGGCUCAGGUCGCAAGAGAGGUUCAGCUGAGUGACGCACUCACGGCGGAUAAUUUUUAUGCGGCACCUUUGCGAGGCAUCUUUUCCCGCCUCGAACGAAAAUCAAUCCUGCAAGAUGUGCGGACACUGAUACUAGACGGGCUGUCUGUGCCGGCGGAAUUGAUUGCCGACAUCCUUCUGACAGAUCGUUUCAACAUCAAUAUUCUGUCGAUAAGGGAGUGCCGGCAUCUGAACGAAUGUAAGUUGAUGCAGGUGCUGAAUUAUGCGGUCAGACCUACACGCCCGAAAGGAACUCCGCGUUUGAAAGGGAUAUACCAUUUUACACCCAUGGCACAACCGUGUGGUGCUGUACGCAGGAACUACCGCGACUGGUGGAACUCAAGAUGCUCCAGCCAAGAAUCAAGCGAGCCUUCCACCCCCGGCGGAAAUCCAGUAUCACGUCGCGAGCCAACGAGUGAUACAUGCAGUCAAAAUCCCUGGUAUUACCCGUCAGGGAAGCUGUUCAAGCGGAAGAUAGACGAAGGGUGGGCAGAAACAAUCCAAAAAUGCGAGGGCAUCAUUGCCUUCGACACCGUGUUGUGUCGGGGUCCGCGGCACAAGGUUGAGCUGCAAGAUCCAAGCUUACCGAACGACGAGAACUCCGAGCCAGAGAGUCGAAUGCUUGCGCCGGCAAUAGCUACUGUCGCACUUGGCCCUGGAGGUUGCGAUGGAUGCCAUUCAGUACCUGAAGGACCGGCGAUUUGGGGCGAAUCCCUCGAGGAGCGAUUUCCUCUGCUUGCGCCACCUCCAUUGCAUUCAUCCACAGUGGCAGCAGCGAGACGCCCUGCGUUAAUUCCUGACAAACAAGCAGUGUUGAUAGCUCGGUGUACAGAAUGUCUGACCGAUCGCUGGUGUCAUCGUUGUAAUAAAUGGUUUUGCGCCGAUUGUUUGCCAUAUCCAGAGCGCGUAAGAAGCAACCUCACCCCGCAUCAGACUGCUACCAGAGAACCCAGAGGGGACGAAUCGAAUAGAGGCAGGUCUGGUGUGAGCAAGGACUGCUGGGAAUGUGGUCCAACGUGUGCCAUGUGUAAGGCGGAGUGCCAACGGACAUGCAACACCUGCCGAGGAGAUUACUGUGUUGAGCACAAUGAAGGGUGCUCAUCAACUCUGUGCGACUGGUGCAACACGAGCACACGCCAUCGAGUGAGAGAAUUAUAUUGAUUUGAUUGGGACUUGAUGCUCUAAAGACAUCGUUGUGGGUCCUGAAUCAUUUCAAGCAAGCGUAUCUUUGUCAGCAUGGGAAACAGCUGAGGAUUAGGGCUGACGGGUGGAAUGGAAUGAAUGCAUUGAGAGCGAUGUCACUAUACCAUAUACCUGUCUAUAAUUCGAAUAGUCAACUUUUCAAGGUUCCUGAGUAGUUGGCUGGUUGGUUGGUUGGUUACUUUAGUUGACUUCAAGGUUAAUAUAAUUGAUAGU